AAUCAGAACAGCCCUGUUGCAUGCGUUUGGCUGUGGGGCUCAGCGGCGCCCCCUGGCGGCCGCGCGGCCCGCGGCUGGGGGAUUUCCUGAGCGGAAGCAGUGGAGGGGGUUUCCAGCGCGAUCCGUCCACUCCGCCGCUGGACCUCCGCUCGCGCUCCCGCUGACAUCUGCCUCACACAGCGGCUCGGCAAGCUCAGCCCGCACAAUCCUGAACCGGACCCGGACCAUGAGGUGCCCUGCCGAGGCUCGGAGUCUCCACGGUGGCGUCAGGCGCGCGGCGACGGUUUGAAUCCGCUCGGAGUCCGGCGAGCCCUAGAGCCGCGGCCUUGCGGACGAGAUUCAUGUCAUGUCAGCGGGGAGGAGUGCUGAUGGGAGGGAGGUGCAGAUUCCCCUCCAGCAGGCGGCGCCGUCUCUCGCCCUGCCCCUCUCUGCUGCCGUCCCCGCCCCCCCUCACCGCUCCUCCAAUCCACGGCCGCCGUGCGAGCCGCCCACUCAGCAAGGCGCUCCUGCGGGCUUCCUGCCGGUGCGUGGAGGGUUCAGGGAUCACUUCGUAGAAGCUCCGGAAGCCAAAUACUGCUGCGAGGCCUGCAGGCUGGUCCUGUGUCAGCCCCGGCAGACUGAAUGUGGACACCGCUUCUGUUACAGCUGCAUUAAUGACAUUCUCAGCUGUCCGAACCCGGUGUGUCCGGCAGACAUGGAGCCUCUGUUUAAAGACAAGAUCUUUCGAGACGUUUGCUGCCAUCGGGAGAUCAUGGCUCUGAAGGUCUACUGCCGCAGCGAGGCCAACGGCUGCCAGGAGCAGAUGAGUCUGCAGCAGAUCCCAGACCACGUGAACGUGUGUCCGUUCUUUGAGGUUCCCUGUCCGCUGGGUAAAUGUAAGGAGAGAAUGAUGAGGAAGGAGAUCCCAGAGCACUUGGCCUGGAAGUGCAAAUACAGAGAGAGCACCUGCGAAUUUUGCAAGAACAAGAUGCCUCUGACUGAGCUGCAGAAACAUAAAGAGACGGUGUGUCCAGCAUUUCCGGUGUCCUGUCCGAACCACUGCACCUCCUCCUCGUUGCCCCGGAGUGAGCUCUCCAGCCACCAGCACGACUGCCCCAAAGCCCAGGUCAGCUGCCAAUUUCACCGAUACGGCUGCUCCUUCAAGGGUCUGAACCUGGACAUGAGACAGCACGAGUCGAGCUUUGCGGCCGAGCACCUGAAAAUGAUGGCCACCAGAACGGGGCUUCUAGAGACCAAGGUGGAGGAGGUUAAAGGCGAGCUAAUGGAGAGGUACAAGGUUCUCCCGGCUCUCAGCACCCGCCUGUCGGACCUGGAGAGCCAGACGGAUGACCUCCGAGAGAAAAACCGGCAAAUGGAGCAGAAGCUGGCUGCCAUGCAGAAACUGAUGAGUUCUCAUACGGAGAAGCUGCUGGAGCUGGAGUUGGAGCUGCGAUCUCUGCGCCAGCUCCGAGAUGAGAUGGAGAGCCUGCGAGGAACGCUGGACACCGUUCGAACCCGGCUCAGCGCUCUGGAGCAGGGAGGACGCGGCGGCAGCGGGUCUGCUCACACUCUGGCCUCCCUGGAGACGCAGCUAAAUCGCCACGACGACAUGCUGAGCGUCCAUGAGAUCCGGUUGGCGGAUAUGGACCUGCGGUUCCAGGUGCUGGAGACGGCGAGCUACAACGGGACUCUGAUCUGGAAGAUCCGCGACUACAAGAGGCGGAAACAGGACGCGGUGGCGGGGAAGACGCUGUCGCUGUACUCGCAGCCCUUCUACACCGGCUACUUUGGCUACAAAAUGUGCGCCAGGGUUUACCUGAACGGGGACGGGAUGGGCAAGGGGACUCACCUGUCGCUGUUCUUCGUAGUGAUGAGGGGAGAGUAUGAUGCCCUGCUGCCCUGGCCCUUCAAGCAGAAGGUGACGCUGAUGCUGAUGGACCAGGGUCCCUCCAGGAAACACCUUGGUGACGCCUUUAAGCCAGACCCCAGCAGCAGCAGCUUCAGGCGGCCCGUGGCGGAGAUGAACAUCGCCUCCGGCUGCCCGCUCUUCGUAUCCCAAAGUGUCCUGGAGUCUGGCACCUACAUCAAAGACGACACCAUAUUCAUAAAGGUGACCGUGGACACGUCUGACCUGCCCGAGCCGUGAACGCCACGUUUGGCUGGUCUGAGAUCAGUUCGGCAGCGGUCGUCCGCAGAGCCGAGGAUGAUGGGAACCGUGACUGAUGUGCCCUAUCAGAGCGGGACACGCCCACCUUUGAGCCUUUGGUGGACUGAAGAGCCGCGUGUUUGUGUGCACAAGAGACUGUGUGAGCGUUGCUAUGGCGACGCUGCUCCGAGCAAACAUGGCCGCCUCAGUGAGGACGGUCUGUACUGAUGCUGUGCAUCAACUUCUACUUUCUGAUCAUUACCUUCCUGAGGCAUGCUGGGAAACACACGGCUGUCACAGCCUGGGAGUGCAGAAGAGACCGGGUCAGAGCGGUCCUACUGGGUUCUGUAGAGAAAGUGCUGAGGUGCAGGACGUGUUGGUGGUGCUGGUUAGUUCUGUUUGGUUGCAGUAGAGGCUCAGAACCAGCAGGUGGUGCUACAGGAAUGUGUCUGAUGGGCUACAGUGGCUCUGAAUCGCUGCGCGGGGCAGCAUUAAUGGACCUCUUCAAAGAACCCCGCCUAAUCCAAAGAAUGAAAGGAGACUUGAUCCACAGGUACCAGAACCUGAAGGAGCCCGCCCCCCCAUCUUUGUCAAAAAAAUUUCGGUGUCGGUUUGCACAAUUUGAACGUUCACUGACUAGGAAAACAUGAAGACAGGAAGCAGACGCUGAUCUUCCUCUGAAGUUCCGAUCAAACGUCUUUUUUUGUUUUUUUCUUUGCUUCACGCUCAGCCGCAGAAAUGUCGUCUGCGUUUGUAAACCAGCAAAGCCGCGUCUGCAGGUCAGCUUCCGGAGGUCCGGCUGAAGACCGGAGCAGAUCUGAGGAAGGUUUAAGCGCUGGUGUCUGAUGUGUCUCACUGCCGAUCGGGUGUGAGGUCAAAACACAGCUGGUUAUGAUGCCAUAAUGUACCACUUAUUUAAUUCAUGACAUUUCAAACUGUUUUUAACAAACCCAACAGUAAUUUACUCCAACAUUAAUAAAGAAGAAAUGAAAAACCACU